CUUUCUUGAUGGGGGGGGACACGUGUUCGUCUUCUUCCAUUUAAAAGUCUCUGUGCUCUGCUGCGAUGCAGUUUCUUUUCAAUAGGUUCUUCUUCUUCUUCUUGCCAACGCCUCCCUCCUCCUCCUGUUCUCCACACGCCGCUUCAGUGCUUUUGAGAGGGUGAUUCUCUAAAAGGUGGUUCAGAGAUUAGCCCUAGUGAAAAGAGGCAAAGUAAUGCUUUAGGUUUUUCUGGAGGGUUGAAGCAAUCAAAGCUGUGCCAUACAAUAGAGGUAAUAAAUGGAGGAGAUAUCUUCUACACUAACUGUGCCGUUUAGGCUGAAUAAUAUGACCGGUGAUGAAUCUGCACUACAAACCCAAAUUGAGAUUACUGGACUCAAGCUUAUUGCAAGCUCUGCUGGUUUGUUGUCAGACCAUCCGGGGGUGUUGUCACCUUCUAUAUCUGAUUACACAGCUGCCCAAGAUUUGAGUUCUGGCUGUAAAUCGGGCAACUUUAGUGUUCUGACAGUGUCAGCUGAUGAAGAUGAGUCUAGAGGAGGUAAUAUUUUUUGGAAGACAAUGGGGAAUGAAAUUAAGCUGCCACCGGAAGAUGGGAAAGUGCACACUCCAUAUGCUUGCGGCCAAUUUAUCAAUUAUUCUUGUUCAUAUACGGUUGCUAGUGACACCACUAGUGCUUGUCAUGAAGAGUUUGUACCUGUGAAAGCAAGUUUUGAUAAAAAAUCAAUGACUGUCACGGAUGUCGGUGACACAACACUUAGGAGCAUUUCCAACGUGAAUAAUUUGGGUGAGCUUGAGCCUCGGCAAGAAUUACAGAGAACUGCAAGCCGGAGUGUCUUCGAAGUGGAUUAUGUCCCGCUAUGGGGAGUGACAUCUAUCUGUGGAACAAGACCAGAGAUGGAAGAUGCUGUUGCGGUGGUACCUCAGCUUUUGAAAAUUCCUUAUCUGAUGCUGGCCAGCGGACAAAAUUUGGAUCUUAGAAAUCAACAUGGCAAAGAUUUAACAGCUCAUUUCUUUGGUGUCUAUGAUGGACACGGGGGUAGCCAGGUUGCUAGUUACUGCCGGGAAAGGAUACAUUUAGCUCUGGCUGAGGAGAUGGAAGUUGCAAAAAGUGGCUUCUGUAAUGGAAGUAGCUGGAGUAAUGGAAAGGCGCAGUUGGAGAAUGCUCUCUCCAGUUGCUUUCUAAAGGUUGAUGACGAGGUCGGUGGUGUUUUCAGAGCCACGAAUGGAAGCGACCCUUCUCUCAUAGAAUCUAUGGCCCCUGAAACAGUAGGUUCUACUGCCGUGAUUGGCUUAGUUUGUUCGACACACAUUAUAAUUGCGAAUUGUGGUGAUUCAAGGGCAGUUCUCUAUCGCGGAAAAGAGACCAUGCCACUGUCGGUAGAUCAUAAACCAAAUAGAGAAGAUGAGUGUGCACGGAUAGAAGCUGCUGGCGGCAGAGUUAUUCAGUGGGAUGGAUUCCGGGUUUGUGGCGUUCUUGCAAUGUCAAGGGCAAUAGGUGAUAGAUACUUGAAGCCCUCAAUCAUCCCUGAUCCGGAAGUGGUGUUCUUUCCUCGUGCAAAAGAAGACGAGUGCCUCAUUCUAGCCAGCGAUGGUCUCUGGGACGUUGUGACCAAUGAGGAGGCAUGUGACAUGGCACGGAGGAGAAUCCUCCUUUGGCACAAGAAGAACGGCGACCACCUUCCUGCAGUAAGGGGCGAGGGAAUCGACCCGGCGGCACAAGCGGCUGCUGAUUAUCUUUCAAAGCUUGCUCUUCAAAGGGGAAGCAGUGACAACAUCUCUGUAAUAGUAAUCGACUUGAAAGCUCAGAGAAAGUUUAAGAAAAAGAUUGUACCCGAGACCCGACAGCCAGAAACUGUGAAUACGUAGCUGUACGCCCUUUAUAUCGUAUAGUAACAGCAGGUAAUUCGGUUGAACCGAGUGGCCCAUGCAUUUGUGUCACAUCGGCUUUCCGAUUCGUGUUAUGGAGACAAACCCCUGGUGCCAACUGAAUGAAGGUGGAAACCCACCGAUUAACCUCCAUAGCCUUCAGAUUUGAAAUCUCUUCUUCAUUUGGCUGCGGCUUCUUUGGGUCUAUCAUAAUACUAUUUCCAGAUUCCAAGAUC